CCGAGCCCCGGCUGUGCGUGCCGGCACCUCUGCUCGUCCGUCCGUCUGUCUGUCUGUCUAUCUGCCCGGGGCGGGCGGGGCCCGGACGUGGCCGGGCGGUGAUGCGCCGGCUGCGGCUAAGGGAGGGGCCCCGGGGCCUGUAAACGUGGUGCCUGCGGGGCUGGGCGGCCUCAGCCGCCUCCGGCCCCCAGCUGAGGCCGGAGGAGCGCGGCGGCUCUCUCCUUUGCUUCUGCUUUUUAAAACCACAAAAUGUCUGAAGUUAAGCCAAGGAAAAAAGGUAUGUCUUCAUCCAAGACCAGUGAAGGGUCACAGAAGGCUGAGAAGCACAGUAAUUAUGGGAAGCUGGCAAGUCCCAGGACCAGCAAUAAUCACAGUUCCUUUUGGAUGGACUCAAGGACAAGUUUGAGUAUUGUUUCCCUUGCUGUUUGCCUGGUGCUGAGCUGGUUUCUAUUUCAGCAGUCAGGUCAAUUUGCUGAUCUGGAAAGAAAGUAUAAUUUUUUACAUCAAGAAGCUGAAAAAAUCCUGGAUGUGGGAAAUAAAGUAAACUUAAUUUCUGAAAAGUGUGAAAAGACUUGGAACUUAAUGAAACAGCUGGAAGACCUUCAAACAAUUUCUCACAUUAAAUAUCUGCAGGAAGAUAUUUAUACAAUGAAAACAUGGUCUAGCAGCAUAAUUAAAAAACAAGAAGAACUAGAGAAGAAUUUAACAAGCCUUUUUCAUGCAGUUUCAAGCACUGAACAGAAUGCAGCUUCUAUAGCAAAAAAUGUAACGUUGACAAUUGUGACAGUAAAAACUGACAUAAGGCGCAUUUCAGGCCUGGUCUCAGAAAUGACUACACUGACAGAUUCUUUACUAACACUAGAAGAUAAAGUAGAAAAAUGUGAAAAGGCAACAGUAAAAAAUAUAAGUGACCUCCUUACCAGUAGCAUCGACCGAAGUACAAAAAUCCAAAGCCUGGCAUCCAGUAACGCAAAAAAAAUUGAGCAAAUUAAGACAGCACUGUCCGAGUUAAGGAGUGAUUUUAACAAGCAUUCCGACAGGCUUUUGAAUCUUGAAGGUGACAGAGCAAAAGUUCUGAAGACAGUUACAUUUGCAAAUGACCUAAAGCCUAAGAUGUACAAAGUUAAAAAGGAAUUUGCCAUCUUGGAGCCCUUAAUAAAUGACCUAACACUGAGAAUAGGAAGAUUAGUGGAGGAGGUGUUACGACGGGAGAAGGAAAUUGCUUUACUGAAUGAGAAACUGGCCAAUCUAACAACAGUUCAAACCAAGAUCAAGGAUGUGAAAGAUGAAAUAACUAAGAUUUCAGACAUUAAUUGAUCACUGAAUGGCCACUGCUUAAAUGAUAGUGUUGGAUAGUGUUAACUCCCAUCAUGUGUAGUACUGAGAAGACAGACAAUAUUUAAAGGCUUCAUUUAGAAGCACACCUAAACCUGAAAUUUGUCCGAUUCCUUGGAACAGGACAGGAAAAAGUCAUACUUAUUUCAAGGGAGAAAUAAUAAUGUGAACAAAAAACUUAUCUCUCUGCAUGUAUUUUUCUGAAGGAUGACAGAUGCUAUAUUUAAUAAAAUGCUUGUUUUGUACAAUAAAACAAUGUUAAAGUGUAAAAUUAUGUUCUUAUCUUAAGAGUUUGCUUUCAUGAAGAAAGCAGGACCCAAGAAUGACAGAUCUCCAGUUUUGCUUUCCUGCUGCAAAGGAAGGGAUCAAAUUGUGGUUUCCAUCUAAACAAGAGGUAGUCAAACUGCAGUAGCACUUUGUCUCUAUCCACACUAUGAUUUUUGUAAGCUAGUUUAUUUUUUAAGUAAUAUUUAACAAGGCAAAUGCAGCAAACCAAGAAAUACUCAAAAAUAUUGCCUAUGCCUUCCAAAAUGUUUGUCACGCAUUUAGAUGGAAUAAUUUAUAUAAGGCUUUGUGUGAGGCUUUAUAAUUGUAAAUCAAAAUUACUGUGCAGCACUGUUCUGUCUUUAAAACAGGACACUCUAUAGGGACAAUGCUCUGAAAGACCUAAUGCUGCUGAUGGCUUUAUCCCAGUGUCACGGUGUCUCACUGUUAGGAUUCUCUUAGGAAUCCUAACAGUGCUAGUCAUUCAUUAUUUCUUGGUCUAAAAAAUACUAUAUAGUGAGCAGCAGAAUUAGCAGAGAAGUUACUUACAUCCCAAAAGGCUACUGCUAUGAACUAUUAGGACUAUUUAGGUGCUGAAGAGCAAGAUUUGAGAUAUUUGAAAAUGAAGUAGGCAGUAACAAGAUAGUGGGAAUGGUUUUAGCGGAGGAAGGUGGGGGAGAGAAAUGCAUUAAAUAGGAAUAAAAAUUACUAUAAAUAUCAAUUAGAAGCAAUACAACAACUCAGAAAAUUCCUUUAAAUGAAAUUAUAGCAAGAAGUGUAAGUAUAUAGUCAGGCCUUUAUAACUUUUCAGUUGGCCAUACCUGAACAUCUUGCAACUACUAGACUCUUGAUUGUAUGGAAAAUAAAAGCAUUCCUCUCCCUCAUUAUUUUCAUCUUCAUUCAGCAUUCCAUGUCUUUUGGUCUGCUUCAUGUUCCUGGUCUUCUGUACCUUCUUUGCUUCAUUUGCCCACAGUCAACCUCCAACACUUUAUUUAGUUUUCCUCUUUUUGGUAUAGGUCCAUUCCUACUCCCCCUUUUUUCUACCCCUUUCCAGUCCACCUGACAGAUGGCAAGAUAAAAACUUUUUAAAAGACAAGUUCUCCUAGAAGCAUCCACAGAUACUCUACCAACCCCUGUCCCUUUGCUCUUCUACACAGUUCUGAAGUGAGCUCCUGAAAAUGACCAGAUGGUAUUUGAAGGAGGCAGCAAAAUUAAAGAACAGCCAUGGUAAAGUACACAUUUCAUUUGUAUCAUACCUGAAGCAAUGGAUGUACACAUGCACAUACACCUUAGAGGUUUGAGAGUUACAUAAUAAAUAUAUUGUGGAUUAAAGGCAUCACAGGCUAUAGUAAUUGUGUUCACUUUGCUUUAAAUUUUAUGAAUGCAUCAUUUGUGUUCAGUAGCCAGUAAGGAACUGGAGAGGCAGAACUGCAGAACCAGUAAAGCAACAUCUACACAAGUGAUGUGGAAAAUACUUUCCAGCUGCACAGUUAAUCUGAGCAGCCUUGACACAGCAGAGGUCUGUCUGCAUGAAAAGGGUCCACUCUCUCCUUGGAAAGUAACCAGAAAACAAGCCAGGAUAAACAAAUGUGCAUUUCACUUUCAACCUCCAAAUUCUAGAACACAUCUCCCAGUGAAAAGCUAAGUGUAUAAAAAGCUAAAGUCCUGUGCAUUCCUAUUCCAGGGGAAGCUAAGCAUGCAAAAGAUGCUACAAAGACCAUUAAUUUCCCUUUCCCUUUGGAUGUAUGCUGACUUCCUACCCUUCCUUCCCAGGAAGUGCAGGUCCAAAGCAUGAUAAUCUUAUUAGAAACUUUUCUUACUGCAAGCAAGACAAAAAAAAUAAGUCAAAAAGUAAAGUCUACUUGGAAAAAAUAUUUUAGAAUAAUCUGUAUCUAAAGUUAUCACACCACUGUACAAACCUCAGCAGGAAGGUGAGAGAUCGGUAAUUCUCCCAUAAUCGACGCAGGUAUUACAAAUCUCUGUUUGCCCUUCAGGCACACAUCUCCACUGCUCUAAAAAAAUUGAAGUUUUAGAGUAGCUUUAUAGUUAGACUGCUCUAGGCAGAGAGACAGCUCUUUCUGCAGUGGAAAAGGUGAGCAGAGAGAGAGGUAUUUUUCAAAAGUUUAAAGCAGACAGAUAACCUCGCCUCCUUGUUUUAGUACUUGUCAGUGGUGAGGAGAGUAUUGGCUCAGUGAAACUACAAGCCCUUAGUUCAUUUCUAGGGCCAUGCAGUGAUACUCUGCAAUAUUAUCAAAUGAUUGAGAGAUUCAGGUAAUGAAAAUUACAGCUAUGCUACUUAGAUCAUCCCAUUGAGCCCAACCUGUAGUGACAUUCAGGCAAUCUUUGCUUUCAAUUUAGCUUUCAGGUACAAAACUGGCCAAUUAAUAUACUUCUCAGCAACUUGAAAAAAACAAUCCAAAAGCCAGAAAUGGCAUUAAGUGAUCAAUGAUGGAAAAUCACAUGAGCAAAGUAAUCCCAAAACAAUAAAAUUCACUUUUAGACAUCAGAAGUCUGCUCAGCCAAGAAUUUCCUACUAGCAGUAUCUUUCUACCCAGAACUGAGUUACAAAAUUGUAUUCUGUAACAAGGCCAUGCAGCUAUGAAGCUCAUCUACCCAAGGUACUCAUAUUUGCUAUAAAAAAGCAGAAUGUUUAUUGUUUUCACUGUGAACUACAUAAUUUCUAUGUAGAAAUGUAAAUGAGUUACAACUAUUUGUAUUAUUACAGCCCAUUUUAAAAUGAUAUGCAACAGACAUUUCCGCGAGUAUCAGUAAGUGUCAGCACAUUUCAUCUGUAGUACAACCUGAUACAAACACCGUGUGCAAAUGCAGUUGUUACUCCAAAUUUUUAUAUAUGGUAUGCUUUAAACCAGAAAGCUCAGCUCAGCUCCAAAACCAGCAAGAAAGUAUGUUUUCUCCAUCAUAAAAUAUACACAAGCAGUAUAUACAUAAUCCAUGUUUUACAGAGCACUUUGGGGUUUAGUGAUGGGUCUUGAGUUACCCAAAAUCAAAAUGGGGUACUCCUUUUUGAUACAGAACUUUCCUUGCAAUGGAAGUGCAAAUCUGUCAAAAGCACCACUGCUCCAUCUCAACCUUUCAAAAAUGUACCAUGCAUUAUGCACAAAGCAGUUCUGAAUGACAAAGUUGACCUUUUAAAUGCAUUUUAAUACUAAUUUUUUCCCACUGAAGCUUACUUAAAAUACUAGCAGGUGACCCCUUAAGCAAUACCCUUUCCUAACAAGCAUCUGAACAAUGCUGUGGCUGAAUGUUAAUGAAGCUGGCAGGUGCAAGGCAAUUCUCUCCCCCUCUUGGGUUUUCCACUGAAACACAACACUGCAAGGAGCACUAAGUGUAUCUUCCCUUUCUCAGUUACAGAAGGGGAACUGCUGGCGGCUCCUUAUAGUCUCAUCUCAGAUCUACCAUGAUAAAAUUAUCUGGCAUCUUUAAAAGAGAGUUUCAGAUCUGCCAGUGAGCAAUGAGAAAACAGAUUUAAGAUCCUCUUAUUAUUGUACAUAAGAACUGUGCAACAUUGACUCAAUCCUAGAGAAAAAUUGUGCGAUUUUGCUCCACAUACAGAAUUCUUGGGAAAUUUAGCUCAGCACUAGAGAUUGCUUGACAGACUACCUCACUGCAUAAGCCAAGCAUGUCUCACUCUUCUGCCAGCCUUAAAAUUUGACAGCAGUGCUUCACUUUCCCCAGGAUUAGAAGGAACUUUCAGCAAAUAAAAAUCUACUGAGUUACAACAUGCCUCUAAAGAAACCAGUACACAAGUGACAGUUUUGCCUAGCAAGCUGCACCAUACACACAAUGUCAAAAGGUGAUUUAACAUCAAUUCUUGAUACAAGAUCAAGUCAUAAUAAAGGCUCUUCUCCAAGGAAGCUCUUACAGGCAUUGAAUGACUCAUUAAAUAAUUUCAGAGCUUCCCAUUCAUGAUGGGAAAACAAGAUUUACAUACUUUUAGCAUUAAAUAAUUUUAAUUCAACAAAGUAUUUGUACAAGUAUUUUAUUUAGACUUGGGAUAUUUGUCUUUGCUGCGUAAUGCAGGAGCCACUUUACAGAGUGCCUUUAUUACUGUCAUGGUGACAGGGAAAUUGUGGUUUCAGCUUUUACUCCCCAUUCUGAAAGGCAACAACUCAAAAUAAGGCCCAGCUUUCUUGUUUAGCAUAAUCAUUCAAAAUCUUGGAAGUUGGAGGAUUUUCCCAGGGGGUGAAAAGCUCAAUGCUACAAUAGCAGGCACAUCCAACUCCAGCAGCAAGAAGCUGCAGUCAGUACAUGAUAUUCCAGUGGCACCUGCCUGAUUUGUCCCUUUGGCUCUGAAGGAGCCAAGUAAAGAGGAAGAAGCAGUGUAACGUAAGUAAGUGCCAAGCUAAGUUCAGUAUCAACAGCUCACAUGCUGUAAGGCAGCCUAUCCACAGUACUGCAGAAAAACGACAUCA